CCAGCCCUGGCCACAGUUUACUUCAACAUUUCAUUUGAAUGCCCCCUAUUCAUUCUCGUUUACUACUUUAUUAUUUCCAUAUCGUUCUCGAUUCUCAAUAGAAACAAUUUCUCCUAGUAUAAAAAGAUAAUUUACUAAAGCUUUUAAUACAAAGUAACCAAUAUGACCAAUAGAGACUUCUUCUACAAUAACUAUUUAAUUCUCACUGAAUUAUCAAAUUUCGUCUUCAACUAAGAAUCUCAUCGUUGACUCUGUCGUUCUCGUCGAUUUUCGACUCUUUCGAUGACAGACGAUUGUGUGUUCUUGUGAUAACGCAAAAACGAACGGACGAGUGCCAAAAAGUUUGUCUCUUCGUGUUAAUGUCAACGUUUACACGUGGAGUGUUAAGUGCAAUUUAAGAAUUAAAUUAAUUUAAAAAGGACAAGUUAAAUUAUUUUUUAAAAAUGGUGAAUUUUAGUAAAAGACAGUGGUUAACUUUAAUUGUUAUCGGUAUUGCGGACUUUUUUAAUGCAAUAUGUGUUUCUCUGCAAGCACCAUUUUAUCCACAAGAGGCUGAAAGAAAAGGCGCUUCUGCAACAGAAUAUGGUUUAGUAUUUGGUAUAUUUGAAUUGGUAGUAUUUAUCGUUAGUCCUUUAUAUGGUAGACAUAUUAAUAAAUUGGGACCAAAACUUAUGUUUAAUGGUGGGAUUUAUACAACGGGAAUUUGUGCAAUUUUAUUUGGGCUUUUAGAUAAAGUAGAAGGACAUUAUCCUUUUAUCAUACUCAGUUUUAUCAUAAGGAUUAUCGAAGCAAUGGGAAAUGCUUCCUUUUUAACUGCAAGUUUUGCUAUAAUUGCCAAAGAAUUUCCAGAUAACGUAGCAACAACAUUUGCUUGUUUAGAAACUUGUUUUGGUUUAGGAUUAAUCGUAGGUCCAACUGUAGGUGGUCUAUUAUAUGAAGUUGGUGGUUAUACCACACCUUUCGCAGUAUUAGGCGGAGCUCUAUUCUGCUCGGCUAUCCUAACAAAUUUGGUCCUUCCAAAACAAAACGAAGGGCGAGAUGAAGAUUCUGGACCAUCUAUAUUUAGAGUUUUAAAGAUACCGGGUGUUUUAUUAUCAACGGCAAGUAUAAUGGUUACAAGUAUGUCCAUAGGAUUUUUACAAGCUACUUUAGAACCACAUUUAAGACAAUUUGGAUUAUCACCUGUUAUUUUGGGAAUAAUGUUUGUUAUAAACGGUGGAACUUAUGCAUUAAUGGCACCUAUUUGGGGAUGGCUUUGUGACAAUUUCGUUCACCCCAAAUUCAUUACUUUUACUGGAACACUUUUGGUUGCUACAGCUUUUGCUUUGGUUGGACCAGCUCCAUUUAUUAAACAACACACAGUACUUUGGGUAACAGUUUUGGGAUUAGUAAUUCAUGGAUUAGGAAUUGGAGCUCAAUUAGUAGCAUCAUUUUCAGAUGCUUUAAGAACCAGUAUAACUCACGGUUUUCAGAACAAUUUGGAAACUCACGGAUUAAUCUCAGGGUUAUGGACCAGCUCUUUUGCUUUUGGAGCCUUUAUAGGGCCUUCAGUGAGCGGGAUUUUAUUCGAUAGCGUUGGAUUUAGAAACGCAACAAUGUUCAUUUUUGGCUUACACUUGCUCGUAGGGUUAUUUGUAGCAAUGUUCAUAAUAUUCGGAAAGAGACCUCGAGAAUACGUCGAAAUCAAAGACGCGGAUAAAAUGUCGAAUGGAGAUAUCGCGAGUAGCGUACGAUCGGCUGUAACCAGCAUUGCGGAAAGCACGAGAAGUAUUAGAAGUAUUGGAAACGGAAUCUCAAUAGAAAGAAGUAGACCAGCUGGAAUGAACAGCCUUAUAGCUUGUAAUAGUUACAAAAGCCAAGCUUGGCCUAAGAAAGAAGCUAAUGGAGUAACCGUGAGUGCUUAUAGUUAUGGAGCUGUUCGAGACAAUAGAAACGGAAAUACACCAUUUUUACACGGAGUGGCAUAACUCAGAAUUCUCAUAUCGAUAUUUAUAAACAGGAAAAAAAUAUUUUUUUCUUAUUAUCAUAAGGUUCUUUUUAAAAAAGUUUUUUCCCAUUUUUAGCUAUUUUUAAAGUGUAUUUAAUUUAGUGUUGAUUAUUUAGACGUUAUAAGAUUUUUAAAUAAAUCAGUUUUA